AUGAAGCUCAAAGGAUCUCUCGAAGUGAUCUCUAUGUACAAGAGGAUGAAACAUCAGGGCGUUGAUCCAAGUCUCUACACUUCGAACAUUUUGAUCAACGCGUUUCGCGGCUUGGAGAAAAUCGAUUACGCGUUUUGCGUUCUGUGUGAUCUCGUGAAGAGAGGGGAGAGUGGUGGAUGCGACUCUCUAUAUGGGACUAUCAUUAGUAAGCUUUGCGGGGCUGGGGAAACGGGGAAGGCUGUGGAGUUGCAUAGAAGGAUGAUCGCUAGCGGUUGCGAGGGGAAUGAGGUCACUUACGGUUAUAUAAUCAGCUCUUUUGUUAAGAACAAGUCGGUCGAUGAAGCGAUGGAGGUGUUUGGAGAGAUGAAGGCGAGUGGAGUUUCUCCUAAGGGUUUCUCUUUUGGAGUGAUGAUUCAUGGUUUGAGCAGCGCGGGGAGAGUGAAGGAGGCGCGUGGAUUUUUCGAUGAGAUGAUCGCUGGAGGGAUCUCUCCUGAUCUGUUCGUUUAUAGCACUCUUAUUUAUGGACUGUGCAGAGAAGGGAUGUGGGAGGAUGUUGCUGAGAUGGUGAAUGAGAUGGUGAGGAGAGGGAUAUCACCGGAUGUUUGCACUUACAACAUUUUGAUAAGUCGUCUUUGCAAAGACAAUAAGCUGAGUGAAGCGAUUGAUGUGUAUGAAUCAAUGAUUGAUAAAGGUCCCGAGCCUAACGUACUGACGUAUAACUCGCUGUUGGAUGGUUUGUUCACAGGGGGUAGGCUUACAGACGCAACGAAACUGUUCGAGUCCAUGAGGCGUGAGGAGGAGGUUGAGCUUAAUGUCGUUACUUACAACGUAAUGAUCAGUGGGUAUUGCAAGUGUGGGAAACUUGAGGAAGCCGUCGAGCUUAUAAGGGAAAUGGAUUGUAAAGGAUUGAAGGCAGAUAGCUAUACAUGUACGUCACUGAUCGGCUUUGUUAACCGAGCUGGAGACUCAGAAGUUGCCAAAGAAGUCAUGAAUGUGAUAUGCAAGUCUGAUUGCACUCCACACAUACGUCAUUACACUGCUCUCAUCGAUGGUCUGAUUAGAAAGGAAAAAAUAGAUGAAGCAAGAAGACUGUUUGAUGAAAUCCUGGACAAUGGCUUGGUGCCAGAUGUUGUAGCGUACAGAAAUAUGAUCAUGGGCUAUUUCAAGAAUGGUAAAAUGAAGGAAGCCAUGGAGCUCAUAAGAAGAAUGGGACGUGAGGGGAUGAGACUGAGCGGUGCUCUAUACACGACACUAAUACGUGGUGCAAGCCAGGCCGGAAACUGGGACAUUGCCCUUGAAAUCUUUGAUGCAGCUGGUCAUGCUUCAAACAUAAUCCAGUUCAAUGCUCUCAUCAACGGUCUGAUAAAAAAUGGUAAAUGGGAUGAUGCAAAUAGACUUUUUGAUGGAAUCUCGGACAAGGGUUUGGUGCCUGAUACCAUUACGUUCAAUACAAUGAUCAGUGGCUAUUGCAAACAUGGAAAGCUAGAGGAAGCCACUGAGCUUAUAAGACGCAUGGAACAUGAGGGGCUGAAACCAGACAGUUAUACCUACACUUCACUAAUACACGCUUCUUGCCGAGCUGGAGAUUCAGAUGCUGCUCAAGAUAUCUUCAAUGCAAUACGAAAGUCUAGUCAAUCUCCCGACAUAUUUCAGUUCAAUGCUCUCAUCAAUGGUCUGAUAAAAAAUGGGAAGCUGGAUGAAGCAAAGAGAUUCUUUGAUGAAAUUCAAAACAUGGGAUUGGUGGCAAAUGUGGUAACGUACAACAUAGUUAUUGAUGCCCUCUGCAAACAUAAGAUGCUAUCAGAAGCCAAAGCAUUGUUCUAUGAAGUAAAAUCAAAGGGUUGUUCACCUGAUUCUCUUCUGUGUAACACCGUUGUAUCUGGCUUCCUUCAAAUGAACAAGGUUAAAGAUGCUGUCCCGCUUCUUGAGAGCAUGUUCGAUAGGAAAUUUACCCCAGACAGUGUGGUUAAACACAGACUGCGUCGUGUUCUUGCUCGUCCUGAUGGUCGUAAAGUCCUUCAGCCACUUCUAGACACAUACGGGGAGAAUAUUUUCGAGUGA